UCAAGGCAGGAAUGUUCCUCCUGAGAUUGUAACUUGGCCUUAGAAAAACUGAAGGGCAGUUUUAAACCACCCAAGUCAGGCAGGGUCUGAACCUUUGAAACUGAGUUGGAAAACAGAUUUCAAGUCAGGUUGGAAGAGUUUCCUGGUGUUUUCAUGUAGGUUCACUGAGGAUCCACCUACGGGUAUAGCAGUGGCAAAGUGCAUUUUACUCCUGUAGUUGGGCAGGGAGACUCUUAAGUUUAAACAUCAAGAUCAGGUUAAAUGGAAGUUGGAGAAAACAAAAGCACAUGUGUAAGAAAAUAUUAAUGUUUAUUAUACAGCUUGUAUGAGAGUCAAACCCACCAGCCUUGACAGCAGGAAUAAAUGUCCAGUGAAAGCAAGGGAGCUGUUCCCGUUGUGGUCUCUACUAUUGAUUCUUGGGUGUCUUUGAAGUGUCUGGGACCAGCCGUUGUCCAAAAAUGAGUCUGAGCGUGGAUGCUCUGAGAGUGCUUGUCAAGUCUUAGGAAGAUUCCAAUUUGUUAUGGACAAGCAGUUGACCAUUCCUGCAUUGCCUUGACUGUGAGCAAAGUUACACACAUUAGAUUGAUAAUAAGAAAAUAAAUUGGCAUAAAAAGUACCGUGCUUUGGUUGAGAAACACCAACUAAAAGACCUGAAUGGUUAUAGAGUUUUAUAUAAUAUACAGGAUUUUUUUUUCAAAAUAUUGCUGAAGUAAAUCUUACUUUCUUUUUUUAAGAAGUAUUAGGUGAUUGCACAAUUAAACCUGCUUCAAUGAUUAGAAGCCCCACAUCAAAUUUGGGAUUUUUUUCUUCAGGUCAGAAACCAGGUCAGAGCUGGAACCAAAGAAAUGCUGUCAUUGCAGAGCUUGGUGAGAUGGCAGGCGCUGGGCAGCGCAAAGGAAAAAAAGACGACAAUGGCAUCGGCACAGCCAUUGACUUCGUGCUGUCCAACGCCCGGCUUGUGCUGGGCGUGGGUGGAGCCGCUAUGCUGGGCAUCGCCACACUGGCCGUCAAACGGAUGUACGACCGGGCAAUCAGUGCUCCCAGCAGCCCUACUCGCUUGAGCCAGUCGGGAAAGAGAAGCUGGGAAGAGCCAAACUGGCUGGGCUCCUCCUCACGCUUACUGACCCAGGACAUGAAGACUAACCUCAGCCGCUCCCUGCAGACCCUUCCCACUGAUCCUUCGGCUGCAGACACAGACUUUUUCCGACCCACAAAGCCCAAGCCAUCUGCCAAGAGGAGUCAAGUGGAGCUGAAAAAAUCCCGCCUUCGUCUGUCUCUGCAAGAAAAGCUUUUUGCUUAUUAUCGGAGGAAGGUAGCUAUCCCAGCGGAUGAGCAGGCCCGGGCCAAGCAAGCAGCUGUGGAUAUUUGUACUGAGCUGCGCAGCUUCCUACGUGCCAAGCUGCCGGACAUGCCCCUGCGUGACAUGUACCUCAGUGGCAGCUUGUACGAUGAUCUGCAGGUAGUGACAGCUGACCACAUCCAGCUCAUUGUGCCUCUGAUGCUGGAGCAGAACCUGUGGUCGUGCAUUCCCGGGGAGGACACUAUCAUGAACAUUCCUGGCUUCUACUUGGUGCGUCGGGAAAACCCAGAGUACUUUCCCCGUGGGAGCAGCUACUGGGACCGCUGUGUGGUGGGAGGUUACCUUUCCCCCAAAGCUGUAGCAGACACCUUUGAGAAAGUUGUAGCUGGCUCCAUCAACUGGCCCGCAAUUGGGACUCUCUUGGAUUAUGUGAUCCGUCCAGCAGCUCCCCCAGCAGAUUUGACACUGGAAGUCCAGUAUGAUCCAGAACGGCAUCUUUUUAUUGACUUCCUACCAUCCUUGACACUGGGUGACAUCAUCCUUGUGGCCAAACCCCAUCGAUUGGCCCAGAAUGACAACCUGUGGCGACUGAGCCUGCGGCCAGCAGAAACUGCUCGCCUCCGGGCCCUGGACCAGUGUGAUUCUGGCUGCCGUUGCUUGUGCCUGAAGAUCUUCAAAGCAGUAUGCAAGUCAAACCCAGCCCUGGGUCACCUCACUGCCAGCCAGCUCACCAAUGUCAUCCUGCACCUAUCCCAAGAGGAGUCCGACUGGUCCCAGGACAUGCUGGCUGAUCGCUUCUUGCAGGCACUGAAGGGGUUGAUCCGCUACUUGGAGGCAGGUGUCCUCCCUAGUGCUCUGAACCCCAAGGUGAACUUGUUUUCAGAGCUCACCCCCGAGGAAGUGGAUGAGUUGGGCUAUACCCUCUACAGCUCUCUGUCAGAGCCAGAGGUCUUGCUGCAGACAUAAUGGGGCCUUACGUAGGGAUAUCUUGAUAGGGUUUAGCCAAGGUGGACUUUGAUUACUGCGAAAUAUGUCUCCUCCACUCCUCUCUCUCUCUGUCUCCUUUUGGUUCAUUAUUAUUUCCUGCUGUGGAGUUGGUGUUCCCACUGAAUUUCUUGGUGCUACUGGUCCAUUUCCACCAUCUCUGCCCCAACAGGUACCCAUUGGCUAGGGAAAAGAGGCUAAAACUGCAGCUUUUAAACAUCAGCAGAAUUUAUGCAGAGAUCUUAAGUGUCUACCAAAAAAAAUAAGCCAAGCUAUGCACUUCUUUCUCCUGUAGUACGCUUACUGCAGCGAGUCCAUUUUGGUCUGAAGAAGGUGGAACUGGGCUGGUUAAAUCCAGUGAUGAUUUUAGCAGACUUGCAUUGAGGUCCUUUCCUUUCCUCCAAUUUGACUUUGUCCCGUGUUUCUUUUUCUCUGCUGUACCACACUGUCUCACUUUUCUCUUUUUUCUUUUUUUUUUUUUUUGUCCCUUUGACCCAGUUGUGUAGGGCAGACUGAGAUGUUUUGGAUAGGGUUGGGUUUUGUAUUUCUGAGCGGAUAAUGAUUACACUGGAAGUUUUUAUGGCUAUAGAGCUUGGAAGAGGAGAACACCCAUGCCCAUGGCUCCUGCUCCUACGGAGCCUUCUCAUCCUUUGCAAGCUGGGUUCAGGAGUAAGGGCUAUAGCUGGUCCAGUCUGCUGAAACACAAUCUCCAGUAUGGGCAAUUCUCACUGAAGCUGUCGCAGGGGAGGAAGAAACCUCUGUGGUCUGGCCGUGUGAUGAGGCUGAAGGAGCAGGGCUUGCCAUUCCUGCCUGGCUAGAUCUGCUGGGUGUUGCUGGUAGGAAUGGCCCCAGGAAUGGAGAAGAGGGUGGCUCCUUAGAUGUCUCUGGCCUAGAGGAAGAGAGGCUGAUUAUGGGAGAGCGGUGGGAGACACACAUGGGAACGAGGGUUAUUUUUUUUUUCAUCUUUUCCCUGACAGCUUAUGGUUGUUCUGUUACAGGAGGUGGGAGCAAGACUGCAUGUCUCAAAGGGCUUUGUAAUAAGGACAUGUAAGCCAGAUUCUCACCGGCUAUAAGUCUCUGAAGGUGAUAGGACUGAACUGGUGUCAUCAGCAAGUUUCUGUCCCAUACACUCAUACUAGGAUACAUAUGUAGAGCUGGCAUUGAGAGAUACGUUGGCUUUGCCAUCUGCUCUCAGCGUGUGUUUUUAGUCCCCUCCCCAGCCACCUCAGAACUGAGGCUGUCCGUCCCCUUCCUCAUUCUCAUGUACUGACUUUCCAGUGCUCCCAGUGUGUCAUUACUCUUAGAAAGCUGGUGAGGGCACAGUUUCCCAUUCUGUCUGGACCCAUUGGUAACGCAGUUCUGCCCACUCCUGUUAAUGGCUGCUGUCAGGCCAUUCUCCCUUGGCUGCCCUCCCAUCUGCUGCUGGACUGCAGUAUGGCUUUCAGAGGGCAGCUGCUGCAUGGUCGGUAUCUCCUACACUAGCCACAUGGAUUCUGUAUACUCUGCAUUCAGCCUUCUGGCCUCCUGCCUUCAGAAAAGGGGAGGGAGGGUGUCCUCUCGAGUCUGGGGCUGUCUCUCUCCUUGUAGAAACAUACUUGCCUUUCCCCAGCUUUAGCACCAUUUUUUCCCCUUGCUGUCCAGCCUCCCCAGCCGAUGGAGAGGGUACUGCAGCAGCAGAGUUUGGAGGGAGCAAGAAUCCUUUUCUCCUCCCUUCCUCUCAGGGCUUCCACCCCCCCACCCCCCUUUUGACAGAGAAAUUUCAAGGUGAGUUUCAGGAAUGGAACCACUGAGGGGAGUCUUUAGCCCUUGCUUUCUUUUUAGAGGCAGUGCUGGUGAGAUGAGGGAGGGAACAUCUUUCUCGGACAAUCCGUCCAUUUUAGCCAAUGUGUCAGAUAGUAUUCCAUAUACAGUGGUAACACAAUGUUACAUUUUAAAUUAUUUAAUCCUUAGGGUACUGGUAUUUUCUGGACUGCCAGAUGCGUAAUUUGAAGUUUGUGUGUGUAUAUAAAGUCUGUAGUCUAUAAAAGGUUAACAGAAAUUGUAUGAUUUUGUGUUUUGUAAGUUUUGCAGCAGUCAGUGUUGGUCAGCUGUUGAUUGCUCUUCACUCUGGUUCCCAGAUUUUUUCCCCCUCUUCCUUUCCCUGCCCUCCACUGCCUUUCUGAUGUCAGCCUCCCUUACCCUAAAAGCAGACAGAUGAGACUUGGAGCCUAUAGGCAACUGGGGGAAAUUCCUCAUUCUCUUAAUUACUUGAAGGUCAACAAAAAUAUUAAAAUAUCUGGGUUGUCAGGAGUUCCCUGUAAGUUCUUUUCUUCAGUGUGAUCUCACCCCUUACUUGGUGCUGACUCCAAUACCAUGGUCUUCACACAGAAUUGCACGGCAACAUGGUUUGGAAUGAUCAAAACUAUAGAUACAAGGAAAGGUGAGACAUAAACAGGAGGAAGCCAGUCUGAGCUGGCUUGAGAACAGUUGCCACGUACAUAUCUGUAUAUAGAAUUUUUUACACGAAUGCUUUUACUUCUUCCUGGCAACCUACUGAAUUAAUAUUUUAUGGCCAUUUCUUGCUGCUAUUGAGCUCAGUUUGUGUAUCAAAUGGAGACUGAAGCUGCCUUUUUGCCUUUUGUGUAGACUUUGCUCCACUUCACUUGAAUCACUUCCAUCCCUUCAAUUUUGCCCUCCUGUGAGCUAGCCACAAGCCCGUUCUCGGGAGGCAAAUGCUCACUUCCUACAGGCAGCCACCACAGCGGGCAAUAGCUGCCCUGGCAGUGGCAGUCUCAGCAAAGGCCAAAGAUGUAAUAGGUCACAGGGACACUGCAACUAGGAGUAUUUCAAGAGCAGGGUCAGGCAUAAGGGGCAACAGAGGCAGGGAAGGAGGGGUAAAGUAGGCAUGGAGGAAGCUUACAGUAGCGCUGCACCCAGCCUGUGGGUCAAGCAUACUGUUGCAGAGUCUUUCAAACUGGCACCUUUCAGUAUUAACUGCAGUACAUGUGUUGAUGUACAGCCCGGAGGGCUGCCUUCCCUAUAGGUAGGCUCCUUCCUAGUCAAAGCUGUAGCACAGAGCAGGAGGACCUAAAGCUGAAUGUGAAAAGGGCAGCUCCCAGCCAUCUUCCUGGCAGGGCGGCUCAGAGACGAAUUGAUUGUAAGAGGCCCAGAGUGUGCGUUUGGUUGGUUGCUGCCUGGGCUCCAGGAAUGCCUCGGUGUGUUCUGCUAUAGCUUAGCUCACACGAGCUUCCCAUGAGAUCAUCUUAUUCCCUGUAACCACAGGGCGAGGACCAACUUGCUCAGCUGUGGGGUUUCACUGCUCCACCGCUAAUCCUUCAAGUUAAAUGGAUUUCUUUUCCCGUGUUUAAAAGCAAUUAUGGAAACAAGAGGCUGCUUUCUGCCUCCUGGUGAGCUGCCAUCAAGGCCCUCACUCUUAGCAUGUGGGUACUCGCAGAGAGAAGUGAAGCGAUGAUGCCUCAUCUCUCCCAGGCCUGGAGGCUGUGGAUUUGCAAAGGGGAAAGUCUAAGUGCAUGGUCUGUGACAGAGUGCGUGAAAUUCUGAAAUAAAAUGACUUUCCACAG